GGCCUAAUCAUUGAAUCCGUUUCGAUCGAAAUAUGGUUCGAUAUGAUCGAAAAAAUUUGCGUUGAAAUCAUUGAAACCGUAUCGAAAAUAAAAUUUUCGAUCGAAGUGAACUCACUUACCGACUUGAUAAAAUGCUUUCCGCGGCACAUAGAUGUCGCUAAUUUCGAAAUCAUUGAUACCGCAAUAUCGAAAAUUUGUGUCGAAAUCAAUCCGUUGGUGAGCGCGUUGCGGAAUUAUUACAAAAAUGGAUAAUUUGUAAGUAUUUUUAAAAACAAUUGCUAAUGACGCAAUCAUUUAUAUUUUAAAUUGAUAUUUUAGAGAUAAGAGACAAAAACACACCAACAAAAAACAAUUUGAAGUGUUAGUAAGUGAAAUGAAGCUGCACCCCGACAUAGCGAAAGGAUUUUCGCAAAGAGCACCAGGCGAAUUGAAUCAUUUUUGGGAAGAAAUUUCAAACAAAUUAAACGCAGUAGGUCCCCCAAUCAAGGACAGAACUGGAUGGAAGAAGGUUUGGACAGAUUUCAAGUUUGCGACGAAGAAAAAAAAGGUCAAAAAUGCAAAGCAAAUUUCAGGAACAGGAGGUGGGCCCUUCAGCCAAAUUUCUUUAAGUGCACUGGAAGAGGAAGUGAGUGUUAUUCUAUCACUCAAUGCAUCAGUGGAGGGAUUAAAGGGCAUUACAAGUUUUGGAUGCUCAAAAGAAAAUAUUCCGGAAGAAAUACCAACAACAAGUACUCCCCGCAAAAGACCGGUUGAGUCAAUUUAUUCCCAGCCUGACAUUGACUUGAUUGAAACGUCAUAUAUGACUCCUGGCCAGACCAUAGAAUCUAAUGCAGAUGCUGAUGUGUUCUGUACCCCACAUAAAAAGAGUAAAAUAAACAAAAUGGGUCUUCUUACAGAACAAAUAAAUAUUCAAAAAAAGAUGGAGGAAAAUGUAUCUAAAUUGUUAGCCACGCUCAUUAAACUUCAAAAAGACUAUAUCCAAGAACAGUCCGACACAAACAGGUGGCUUAGGAAACUAAGUGAAAAUGAGAAGGAUAAAUUGAAAGAAAUGAAGCGACAUAAUGCUGUCAUGGAAAAAAUAGCCUUUGAUAAAUUGGAAACCAAAAAAAAAAUUCUAGAACUGGAACUUGAACAUUUAAAUAAUCCAUAA